AUGGAAUCUAGAUACUUCCUCUUUCCUGACCAAACCUUGGAGAAUACGAAAAUCUCAGACCGAGCACAUGCCUUACACAUAACUGAUACAGAAUGGCACAAAAUAGAAAAGCACUUGGACAGAAAAAAGGACAUACAGGAACUCUUGGACAAAGAGGAGAAAAAAAGAAGGUAUCUUUCGGAGGGAAAUAGAGCGAUGACGGAAAAAUGGGAUAACACCUUAGAGAAAAUGAGAGAAAGUAAAGACAAGGCCAGAGCGAAAACGACCGAGGAAAUACAAGAAGAAAAGGUGCAGAAGUACUACAUGAUGAGGGAAGAACAGGAAAAACUGCGGAAGGAAUACAUUGAGAAUGUAAAAAAGAAAAUGUUCAGAACUUCUGGCGUUUGCAAAAACUUGAAUAGCGCUUUUAUGACGAGCGAGGUGUUGUACGAGAGGGAGAAACAGAAAGAUUUUAAAGAAUUCCUUAAGAAACACGACGAUGAGAUCGAAGAAAACUUUGCGAAAAUUUAUAAAGAAAAUGCCUUGAAGGAAAUCGAAGAAAAGAAAGAAGCAGCUCAAAAAUUAGCAGAGAAGAAAAAACAAUAUGGUGCAUAUUUGCAACAAGUCGUUGAAGAUAAGGCUUUGAAGGAAAAAACUGCGAAACAGAAACAAAUAAUCAAAGAAAGCGAGGACAACAUUAAAGCAGUAGAGGAAGUAGAAUGUUUCAAAAGAAUGGAAGAAGAAGAGAAAAUGAAACAGAAAAAGGAACUUGCUGCUGAAAUGGAGAAGAAUAUGAUGAAAAGAUUGGAACUGGAGAUGCAAUUAAAACAGGAGGACAAAGAAAUGGACGAAGUGGCUGAGAUUUACAAAGAAGCAAAGCAUAGAAUAGAUUGUUUGAAGAAGGAGAAGGAAAAAGAGAUACAAAAUGACAUAAUUAACAGAAGACAAAUAGUGGCCAAUUUAGUAGGCGCGGUGGAAAAAUCUAAAACUGAAGCUGAAGAACGACAAUUAGAGGCGGCUAUUGCAGAACGAGAUGCAAUUGAGGAAGCUAAAAUUAAGAUCAAAGCCGAAUACAAUGAAAAACUGAGAAUCGAGCGAUUAGAAGACAGGAAACAUUAUCUGAAUCGCAAAGAAGCUGAGCUAAAGAAGGAAGCGGAAAUUAGAAAAUGGGAAAUGUUAAAUAAAUAUAAAAUUGACGAAGUCACCAAGAAAUACGAGGAAGAAAAGAAAAAAGAGCAAUGGAAAAAGAUUUUAGAAUACAGACGGGAACUGCUGGAUCAGAUGCCGCAAGGAAUAAAACUAACGUCGAAAAUACUUUCUCAUGAAUCAUCGGCAACACAGAAAGACUUCCCUCAACAACACUAUGCAAAAAAUGCCAUUAAGUGCAUUCACGUCAAUAUACAGGGUAUGUCAAAUAAAAUCAAGAGAUUAGAAAUCCUUACAAAAGAGGAAAAUCCAGAUUUUCUCUUAAUAACUGAACAUUGGAUGUGUUUGGCACAAUCAGAAGUAACAACAAUACCCGGCUACUCUGUCUUAUCUCACUACAGCAGAUCUUCAGCAAUACAUGGAGGAUCAGCCAUCUAUUCACGUAAUGGUAUAACAUAUGUACAGCCCAUACCCGAAGUUCAAGAAAUGUCAACUGAUUUUAUCUGUGAGUGCUCGGGUGUCUGCGUUAGUUAUAAGUUUUCAAAAAUAGCUAUAUUAACUAUUUAUAGAUCUCCAAAGGCAGAACUAAUGAUGUUUUUAGACACAUUAAAUGCUAUAUUGUGUAGUGUAAGUAAGUACUGUAGUCACAUGAUAGUUACCGGUGACUUGAAUAUUGAUAGACUAGUUGAGUCUAAUGCAAAGACAUUAUUAUAUGAUCUUUUUAGCAGCUUUGAUUUGCAUCAUGCACUACCUUUGGAGCCUACUAGAGAUUUCAAUAACUGUAAGUCUGCAUGCGAUUAUGUCGUUUCAAAUGUACCUGGUACCGCAGGUGUCAAUUUAGAAAUUUGUAUUUCUGACCAUAAAAUUCAAAUGUUUAAGUCUCACUUUCCGGAUAUACCUGUAAAUAUAAGCAAGCAAUCAGUAGUUGUGUAUAAGAGAAAUUUUACAGAACAGAAUCUGUCCAAUUUGUAUAGGGAUGAAAAUGAGGAGGAAAGGAGAAGACAUCAAGAGUUUGAGUGUUUACCAUUUACAAGUGGUGAACAAGACGCCACCUUUUUCGAUUACGCUGACGAAAUAUUAACGGACGCAAAGAAGCGGGGUAGAUCCACAUAUCCUAUAGAAAAAGCGGUUUUGGAAUACAAGAAAAUUAAUAAUAUAUUAGCUAAAAAUAUAGAGUGCAGUAAUGGUGAUGACGUAAAAAAAAGUUUUUCAGUGGACGCAAUAAAGAGGAGUAUUAAAGAUAGAAGUUGUAGAUGUAUCACUCGCAAAAAAUAA